AUGGCCCGGGGACAGAGGCUGCUCAUCACUAUGUUCCGGAGAGGAGCACAUCUCCAGGGCACGCUGCAGGCUCUUGUCUUCCUGGGCGCCCUCGUGGGCACGGCGGUGCCCUCGCCCGCGGGGUCCCGUACCAACAGCACACCGCUGGACUCCAGAGGCUGGGGCACCCUGCUGUCCAGGUCUCGUGCUGGGCUAGCCGGAGAGAUCGCAGGGGUGAAUUGGGAAAGUGGCUAUUUGGUGGGGAUCAAACGGCAGCGGAGACUCUACUGCAACGUGGGCAUCGGCUUCCACCUCCAGGUGCCCCCCGACGGCCGGAUCCGUGGAACACACGAGGAGAGCCCUUACAGUCUGCUGGAAAUUUCUACAGUGGAGCGAGGUGUGGUGAGCCUCUUUGGAGUGAAAAGUGCCCUCUUCGUUGCCAUGAACAGUAAAGGAAGACUGUACACCACGCCCAGCUUCCAAGAGGAAUGCAAGUUCAGGGAGACUCUAUUGCCCAACAAUUACAACGCCUAUGAGUCCGACCUGUACCGAGGGACCUACAUCGCCCUGAGCAAAUAUGGACGGGUAAAGCGGGGCAGCAAGGUGUCCCCGAUCAUGACUGUUACCCACUUCCUUCCUAGGAUAUAA